AUGCCCGAUCGUGUUGGCGGCGAAGCUCUCCACAUCAUCUAUGACGCGCUUCUUACUCCCUUGAACAGCCUCUCAACUCACGCGACAACGCUUCGGUGUUGCACCUGCAGACUACCUUGGGUAGUCAGCCACGUCACCAGCAUUCAAGAAUCUUCUGGAAGAAGGAUGGAUUUCUUUUCCCUGAAGCCUCCUCACCGCGGUUGUCGCGGCUUACCCGCGGACCCAGCAUCCAUAUUCCCCGCGAUCGGCCCGGGCAACCCCACGAACCCGGCUCGGGCUACGGAGGAUGCGCCGGCGUUAUGA